AUAAAAAUUUAGUAUACAGUAUUACAGUAUCAAAUCGUAUUUUUCGAAAACAAAGUUCGAAAUAUGUACGAGUUUUUUCAAUUUUAGUGACAAAUAAGUUUGUCAUUAAAAUCACCGUACAUACUGUAUAUUACAGAAUCACGUAGUGCUCAUUUGUUAGGAGCUUGGAUGAAAUUCAGUUUCUGCACCUCUAAAUUUUUUCGCUAAUGCACAACAGUGAUGGCGCAUCAUGCAAAAAAGUUCAACCUGAUCGUCGCCGCCUGCGAAAAUGGUGGUAUAGGCAACAAAGGAGGGCUGCCUUGGACUCUGAAAGGAGAAAUGAAGCAGUUCGCGCGAUUAACCACGGAAAGUGAGCAGCCGAACAAAAAGAACGCUGUUAUCAUGGGUCGGAAAACGUGGUUUUCCAUUCCGGAGAAAAAUCGUCCGUUGAAGAAUCGCAUUAACGUUGUCGUGACCAACAGUUUAACGGAUCUGGCACCACUCGCAUAUCAGGCCAGUUCCAUGGAAGACGCAUUGAGUCUGCUCUGCACGGCGCCGCUGGUGGACGAAGUGGAUAUCGUAUGGAUUAUUGGCGGACAAUCGCUCUAUCAGCAUGCCUUUGAAUCUGCGCAUCUUCACCGCGUGUACCUUACGAAGGUUCACGGGAAUUUCGAAUGCGAUGCAUUUUUUCCUUUAGAGCAGCUCAGCAAAAUGGAACAGGUGGUGGAUUCUCGACUUCCACAAGAUGUUCAGUCCGAAAACGGGAUAGAAUAUCAGUAUCAGGUGUUUCAAACCAAGACUUGGUGAGAAAAUUUUGGAAGAAAGUUCUGCAUUAAGGCUUCGCUCCGUAAAACGUUUUUGUAAGGUUGAUACUGCCGAUGGCGCUGGCAGCAAGGCUGAUCCUGUUUUAUGAGUUUUGUUUUUAACUUUCCGUAACUGUCCGAUCCACAUUGCCGUGUGGAACGGUUGUUUAAUUUACGAUUUCCGUGGUUGUUUAAAAUUUUACUUACGAUUAGUAAUUGAGUACUAUUUAGUUCUUUUAAGAAAUGAUCAUGACACUCGAAAGUUGUGCAUUUUUGACCUGAACGUGACAGUAUAUCGGCUAAUAAUGCCGCUAAUUUGUUAUUUAGCGCUUUCUUGUGAUAUACAAGUACGUUGCGCUUUUUUGUGAUAUACGUAAAUUUUGACAGUGCCCAAGUGGAUGAUCUCAAAUUUUCCUUUCAUUCCCUAAACUCCUGAGAUCUCUAAGUCGCUUGCGCUUUUAUAUUCUGUUUGUUUGGUUUUUUAGGCUACAAAGUACAACUUUGAAUAGAAUACUUCUACAGGCAGUAAAGCUCGAAUGUUUUCGCA